AUGGGAGGCAUUGAAAACCUGCCCAUCAGGAAUUUGCAGCAAAUACCAGCCCAUAUGCGAAGAAACCUCUUCACGAAUCUUCCCGACAAAUGGAAGCUGGAAGCGUUUCGAAAAUUCUACGAGAAAACAGGGUACCACCUCAAUGACUUUGAAAAAUGGAGCGACUUCAAAGUCUGCAAGUCACCCAAAAUCACGAACAUCAAGCUGAAUAACACGCAGCACAAGGUCAUUGUGAUGGAUAUCCUCACGGAGAUAGAAACCCUCGCCAAACCAGAAAACAUUCCUCUGUCAUUGUGGAGGAUGACAGGGCAAAUGUACCCCAAAAUUAGUUUCGAGGCUAGAACCCAGCUGAUACAAGAAAAAAUGAAGCAGAACAAUAUAGAGGGGUUGCAACCUGACAAUUAUGACAUCGUCAAUAGAUCAUUUUCGAGCAUAGAAGACUUCUUAUCAUCUAGAGCGUCGACUAUCCCCAAUCGACUAAGCACCACCCCCACCCAGGAGGAGGAGAAGCGUGUAAAUGCAAACACAAGGAAUGUCAAACUAACCAUCCCCCCACGAGAUGCAGUAACCACUCACCGAUCACCCCCUCCAUCCCCUUUUCCUCCCUCACGGAACGAGGUGAACGAGGAAACUCAGGAAGAUAGAGAUGCGAGGAUGAGAGGGUCUGCUCAUAAAGCCAACUCUCCUACUUCCUCCCCCACCCACCUGGAAAUAAGCAUGGCUGUAACCAGAACGCUAAGGACCAGGAACCCUAGAAGAACAUACACACCUGAAAACCAAGAUCGACCCAGAUCCCCGAGGCUAAUCGGGGAUUUUGUGGAGGAGGCGGUGUUAGUUACCCCCUCUGUAAACUCCAAGAUCACUACACAACCCCUUGUUGAGGAAAUCCCUGCUAUGCCGGCUCACUUCAAUUUGGCAUAUGCAGAGGGACUGAGGAGUUUGCAGAGUGAGGAGAGAAAUAACUGCCUUAUGGAAGUGGAACUGCAUCCGAUGGGGCGAUUGCUGGAGAAAAGGAGGAGAUGGAACGACCCCCUACCAGAUACGGAAGAGAACCAGAGUGGAGCUACCACCAAGCAGGCCAAAGACAAUGAUGGCUUUAUCAUCCCAAAGAAAAGCAGCAAAUGGUCGGAGAUGAUCAAGCAGAGGUGCGAAAUAAAACCAGUUGAGACGGCUAAUAGGUUCAACCCCAUCUCCGACCAGGCCCAGCCUGGCCCUUCUGGGACUAGUGGAAUCAAAGAGACCCGCCCCACUCCCCCUAUUAGCAGUAGCUGUUCCUCCUCCGAGGAUGAAGAGGAGCAGGUACUAAUUACAAAGAGCAACCCCAAGAAAAAUAAGGCAAACAAAAACAACAAAACACAAAAACUAAAUAAAAAUAACCCAAAAACCAAACAAAAUAAUACUAAUCAACCUAAGAAGAACCAGAAGCCUCCUCCCAUUGUCAUACAAGGGAUAAUCACAGACAGGAGGAGGUUUCUAGAAGAAAUCAGAUCCAUAGCAGAAAAAACAGUUUUCUUUAAAUACGGACACAAUUCCACUUUGCUCUAUGCGGAAAAUGAAGAGGACUAUGUAAAGCUGCGGGAUAAGUUCAAGACUGAAAGUGUCCCUUUUCACACCUAUACGCAAAGAAAAGAUAAGUCUCACGCAUUCGUGGUGCGAGGACUGGACUUCGAGCCUGAGGCCUCUGAAGUCACAACAGACUUACUGGAACAACAUCAAAUAGUGGCCAAGGAAGUCUUCAGGCUUCGGACAAGGGCGCUGCGAGAUUUGAAUACGAGGAUUGCUGCAUCCAACAAAAACCCCAUGGACAUCUUGAUGAUAUUCCAGGAGUUCGCUGAAAAUAUAGCGAGUUACCGAAUUAACAAUUAG